AUGCAGGCUACCCAACCGGGCUGCGUGGUGAAGCAGGCUAGCGAGAGCGAAUUCAACUAUGUAAAGGGCUAUUCAGCUCCCCUGGCCGCUAUUCAGCUCCCCUGGCCGCUAUUAGAUCUUAAACGGUCACAAUCAUAUUUACCUCAAACUCCCUCUCUACGGACUACUAUGCUCUUUAUCUUUUUUCAUUUCCUAGUGCUCCUCGCUACCGGUGCCAUGGCACUAUCACCCCGAGAUGCUAUCCAUAUCGAUGAUAUCGAUCGAUACGAUUCCUUCUUGGAGCAACUCGACUUGGAUGUCUUCCUCGACAUGCACAUGGAGAAGAGCAUGAUCAAUAUUGACGUUUUUCGCCACCCCACAAAUAUCAGGAUUCGCUCUGAGCAGUUUGCUCCAAGCGCUAUGGCGCACGAGUACUUUGAUCAGGAAGAGAAGAUGGCCAACGAAAUUUUUGGAGUGAACCCAAACGACAAUGGAGACUUGAUUGGGAAAACCAGCUGUCGUAUGGCUGAAGGCUCUCAAACUGUUUUCAAUUCUGCGGCUCAGUUGCCCAUUGCCGUGGGAACAAUGGAUGUCCACACUGCUUUGCUAUACGACAGGGCUGUCUUUGGCAGAAAUGUUGUCGAUGAGGGCCAACGCCAAAAAGCUCUACUGUCGGAUCCUUCGUCUGCCUGA